AUGUACAAACAAGCAGCUCUCUGUAUUUUGGUCAGCAUUUCGAUCUUCAGCGUUAGAGCUGUGGCCAAUGAUUUCUUUCGUGGUGGUCCUAAGAACUACUACAUAUCGCCCAUAAAAACAAAUUUCUAUGCCGCACGCGAUCAUUGCGUUGCCCAUGGCGCUGACCUGGCAACCUUUGAUUCUAUCGCCGAUCUGGAGGCAGUAUCCGAUUAUUUGAUUAAGCACGGCUUUAAUUCCGAAGCCAACGAUCUGUUUUGGGUUUCCUACUGGGACCUCGGCAGAGCUCGGGGUAUGUUCCAUUCCAUAGCCACGGGUCAGCUUCUGACCUCAUCCGGAUGGACUCACGGACAACCAGAUAAUGCCGGAGGUGUUGAGCACUGCGUCCACAUCUGGAAGAGAUCAGGAAGUUAUGGAAUGAACGACAACAACUGCAAUGCGAAUCUUCGAGCUUUAUGUCAGCAGAGAACCAAGAGCCUGAAUAAUCAACAAUGA